AAGAAGGGAUAAGAAGCAAGGGAGAGGAGCAAGGGGAGAAGAGGGGAGAAAAAGCGAAGGAUAAACGGUGGAUGGAGGCGGCUCGGACCGGGGCUACGGAGAGCUCUUCACCGACGAAGAAGAAGAACAGCAGCAGCAGGGGGGAGAAGAGAUGGAGGCAAAAGGCAGAAGCAUACCCCCAGAUAUCAGUUUCCUUCCCCGCCCAGCGCUGGUGUGGUGUGAGCGGGGCAUCCAGGUGCUGCUUACUACCAUGGGGGCGUUUGCAGCCUUUGCCCUGAUGACGGUGGCUAUAGGUACAGACUACUGGCUGUAUGCCCGUGCCUUCAUCUGCAACAGCACGGCCAACUCCUCCCAGGAUGACUCCAACAACAAAGACAAGAAAGACCCCGGGGCACUCACCCACUCCGGCCUCUGGAGGAUCUGCUGCCUUGAAGGCUUGAAGCGCGGCGUGUGUUCCCAGAUCAAUCACUUCCCAGACGACGCAGACUACGACCAAGAUGCUGCAGAGUAUCUGCUGCGUGUUGUGCGAGCCUCCAGCAUCUUCCCCAUCCUCAGUGCCAUACUGCUCCUGCUGGGUGGAGUGUGUGUUGCUUCCAGCGGCUUCUACAAGAGCAAAAGAAACAUCAUUCUCGGUGGAGGGAUUCUGUUUGUCGCUGCAGGCCUCAGCAACAUCAUCGGAGUGAUCGUGUACAUCUCAGCAGCACUGAGCGACAUCUCUCCCAAGAAAGAUGAGGACAAGAAGUGGCACUACUCCUAUGGCUGGUCCUUCUACUUCGGCGGCCUGUCCUUCAUCCUGGCCGAGAUGGUGGGCGUCCUCGCUGUUAACAUCUACAUAGAGAAGAACAAGGAGUUGCGCUGUCGCUCUCGCACUGACCUCUUCAAAAGCACCACGCACGCCAUGCUGCGGCUGCCCAGCUACCGUUUCAGACGGCGCUCUCGCUCCAGCUCACGGUCCACCGACCCACCGCACUCACCAGAGACGUCACCCAUCGGCACCUCCAAGACCUUUAGCCUGCCACCCUCUGCACCACCCUUCUCUGUGGCCACCCUGCCCAACCCGCAUCACACCAGCAGUGGCGGAAGUGGAGGAGGAGGUGACAUCUCCAUGUACACUCUGUCAAGGGACUCCAAGCUGGGCAGCCUGGGAGGCGGCGCCCCACCUCUCUACGGCACUGUGGACCGCGCCACGCUGUACCAGCUCCACAACUACUUCCCAAAAGAUUCAAGCGGCAGUGGUGGAGGAGGAGGAUCAGGAUCAGGAGGAGGUGGAGCGGUGAUAAGCAGCGGCACGCUCCCUUCUCAUUCCAAGUCCAACUUGGCGGCAGCAGCGGCUGUAGCCCAGAAUGCAGCGCCGCUGAAUACCUCCACAUCAGCUGCCACAACGGCCCAGACAGCUCCGAUAUCCACAGCCACCAUGGAGAGGGACAGGGGCAACAUGGGAACCCUGGACCGACUGACAGCCAAAAGGGACAGGGAUAGCAACUCAGAUACACUGAACAGGAAAACUACGCCAGUUUAAACCUCAGAAAAGAGGGAGAGAGUGUUGAAAUAUAAAAGGGACCUUAGAGAUUUCUGAGUUUGAGGAAAGGAAGAGUAGGGCUGAAAAUGUGUAGGUGACACUUCAAUGGUAGCGUUUCUGUCCUUGCACCUGGGGUAUCUAGCUGCCAUAAUUACCAAUAUCAUUACCAGUCAUAAAAAACCUGAUACAAUGUGCAAAUUCAUGACAACUGCCUUAAAAUGGUCAUGACUUUAGCUUCAAAACCCUGUUUGAAAUUUAAUUAUUCAGCAGUGGUGCAGAGGAGGCCUCACACACGCCUUACUUUGGACUUCCCAGUAAAACCAGUCUCGCGUUGAAGCAGUUGGGGGUUAAGUGCCUUGCUGAGGUGGCAGGGGGACUCAGUAGUUAUUUACUCCCCCCUUAUACAUUCUGGUAGCUGCUUCAGGGAUUUAAAAUACAAAUUCACUUUAAUAAGAAAAAAAUGGGAAAAAUACUUGACCCCAAGUGAUGAUUGGUAUACCAAAUACACUCACCCUGUGUUAUGAGGAAUUCAUAAUUAAAGCAGUUUUUGUUGUAUGCCUCCACAGAAGGCAUGUUUACUUAGAGCCUACUAAUCUGAUUAGAAUAGGUUUAAAUGCCCAAACAGAAAAAAACAUGAUCCAUGUAAACACCUCAAUCAGCUUAGACAGGCCCAAACCGAUUAGCGGUUGCAGAGGGUUAGCUUAAACCUUUUCAUAAACCGAUCAAAAGAAAAUUUGUGUCAUGUAAACAGUAGAGCUGAUUCAUCUCUGGCUGCGUUCUCUGUCCUAACAUAAGGGGACGUGAAGACAUAUGUUUUUCCACUUCAGAAAAUGGAGACUUCCACGCAAAAGUGGACUGCAACGGAGAGUUUGUUUUCAUUACAAACUCUUAAAGAACUGUAUGUUAGUGGACACUUAGAUGGUAGACGCUGUUGCUUGAUCAAGAGAAUCAAAACAACAGCAAACACUGAGCUGAACAGACCUUAAAUUUCCAUUUUAGCAGUUAGUUUGACUUCAUCCCCCCCAUAAAAACAUGAAAG